AUGCCGCCCCUCAGCUACUAUACAAUUGGUGAAGACCAGGGCGAAGACGAACUUCCCCCAGCGAUCCUGCCCCUUACAGAAGAGGGCGGGAAUGCCAUCCGUUUAUUGACACUCAGGGAACCGAGCUCUUAUGAGGGCGAUACGUUGUCGCUGGAAAUGCAUCUCUCAACAACAUCUGAGGAGUACAUUGGGCUAUCCUACGAAUGGGGCCAAGCGGAGCCGGAUGAUCCAAUAAUUCUUGUCAACAAUCGCCAAGUUCAAAUCCGGAAAAAUCUCCACGACGCUAUAAGGCAGAUCUUCGAACAUUAUUCGUAUUACCGGAAGCACCAUUGUGGAGCCACGGCUGUGGAUGAGCGCGUGCUAGAAGACCACGACGAAUCCUUUCCAUACUUCCCGUUGGAUCGCCACCGUGGCCCUUUCGUGGAUACUUGGAGUUGUAGAGACUGGUCUGAGGAGAGCUUGUUUGAGGGAGUCUGGCUUUGGGAGGACGGGUCUGAGGAGGACUGCUAUGAAAAAGCAUCAUUUCCAUGGACUAAUCUGGGGGAUAGCAGCUUCUGGGCGAAACAUAACCCACCCCGACUGUGGAUUGACGCCCUCUGCAUCAACCACAGACGACAACAAAGAGAAAACUCUGCCAAACUGGUGCUUUCCUGGAUAGGGUUGCCCAGAGACGGUAGUAAUGAUGCGCUGAGAAUGGUGAGAAUUCUGAGCAUGUCAUGCGGAAAGCCGUCCGAACUAGGGCAAAAAGAGGGCCUUACGGACAGCCUGAUAGUUUCGAUUGCGUCACUUUGUGAACGUACUUACUGGCGCAGAGUCUGGAUACUGCAGGAAUUAUUCCUGGCUCAAAAGUACAUGGUCAUGUGUGGUCCUGAGUCCAUCGCAUCAGAGUCGUUUGACGAGGCUCUGGCCCGCCUCGCACGCACACCAAUCCCCCAUGAUAGCAUCGACCGGAGCGCGGCAAAGGCGAUAGUCGCUUCAACGUGGAAUAAGGAGGCCUACUCGUUAGUUCGAUGGCUUCGUGUCAUCCUUGUUGGCAAUUUUCAAGCUACCGUCCCGCAUGAUUAUAUCUAUGCGCUACUCUCCAUCUCUUCUGACGCCGUCUUGGACAUGGACAAACCAGAUAUUGACAGGGCCCAAAUCAUAGUGGACUACGACAAGACAGUUGCGGAAGCUUACUGUCAGUUUUUACAAUCCUUUGAGGCAGGCCCUUCAUUGAUGAAGCACAGACUCUGGUUGCUAAAACUUGCGCUCAAAAUGGGUCUUUCACGCGAGGAAGGUGUCGCCCUGCUGGAUUCGGAGCAUUCGAAGAGAUGCGAGGUGACAAAGGGCUCGAAGAGUGAUCUCGAUAAUUGGCUCUUUGGAUUCAGAUAUCUCUGA